GACACAAGGUUGUGUUUAGACGGAGAUCGUUUGUUUCGGCAUACAGUCGGCACCAUCAAACGCAAGUCAUCCCCGACCACGCGUGGCGAGAGGCCGGCUCUCAUCGCUCUCAGCUCCUCACUGACAGUGCGUUACUCCAGCUGUACGGCAGUGAUCUGUCGCUGUGUGGAGGUUUCAUACUCAUGACUUACAACCAUAUUUCUGUGAUGUCUGGAAUACCAUUCUGACUGGAUAUCAACCUGGGCUCUUAUCUGGGCACAAAAUUAGUCUAUAAUUAUCCCAGUGUUAUGGCGAGGGUACUCUAAGAGCCGGAAACUCGUACAUCCGGCGAGUUGACCCGUCCGGGUUAUCGAGUUGCCGUUCCCUCUACAUUGUCUUAGCGUUACUGUCACUUGGAGACGCCGAAAUAGCGAGUAUACCUGAUAUUGCGUACAGCAAGCUAUAUGUCCGUGUGUACAUAAUUCAUCAGCAAGUGAUUCAGUCACUAUUGUGUUGUAGGCGGGAGAGCCUGUGUGUCGCUUUACCGCGAGCCCGAGACAGCUGGAGUUAGCGCUCGCUUCGAUAACGAACAGCGGAGUGAGAGAGAGAGAAGAACGAAAGAGCGAGAGAAGGGUCAACUCUAGGAGGUCAAUGAAAUGAAAAUGAACUCUUCAUUGGCCGGAAUAUGGAUGUUCGUACUGAUGUCCCUUCAGACGCUAGGAGAAGGCAGUCUGUCUGUGGAUCCCAACAGACCGUUAUACAUUCGGGAACAUUCCAGACUGAAGCUGGACUGUACAUACAAAGGGGACAAUGGCCACAUCAAGUGGACAAAGAGUGAUAUCCCGGUGGAAGAACCCUACUUCGCCACGCACACUUUCAGGACGGCCGCGUACUCGGACGGCAAGAUUCAGAUGGUCACCAACUUGACCAUCACAAGGAACAACAUGCUUCUAAGAGACUCGGGAGUCUACGCAUGCGUAUCGGGGUUGGAGAGGAAAGACGUCAGGGUGAAGGUCUUGAGGGUUCAAACAGGAAGUCACGUGAUCAGGGACCCUGGAGGGAGUAUCACGCUGCUGUGUGACCCGGCAAAUCAUGACGUCGACGUGUUGUGGACGAAGAACAUGACGUCACUGAGUCAGCUGCCUGACCUGUCAGGAAGAAUCAUGUUGGAAGCUAGAAACACAACGUUAAGAAUACGCAAUGCCUCUCUGGCUGACAGUGGACAAUACGAGUGUAACGUGAAACCUCGAGAUGGCGUCGUACAAGGAAAUCUCAGCUCAAAAGUCGUUUUAAGUGGCAGUCCAUACUUCCCUGAUGGCCAUAACGUCUCGGAGACGGUGACCGUGUCAACAAAACGUCUGGAACUAUACUGCCCCGCGCAAGGAUACCCUGUUCCGAAGGUGAUAUGGUUGGCGGAAGGUGUCCAGUUAAACAACAGCAAGGAAACACAGUUCUUAUCUUAUGGUGGCGUCACCUCUGCUGUCUUACGUAUUGAGCGGUAUUUACCAGAAAUUGGGGAAAGGUUUGUUUGUGAAGCCUUCAACCAACAAGGUCGGACUCGAAGAACAUUUGAAAUACUGUUUGUAAAUUCUGCUCAAACCAUUCAUGCUGUCGACGCGGUGUUUAUUCUGGCUCUUUUCGUGUCUUUAUCAAUUAAUCUCAAAGGGUUUCAAAGCUGAAUGGCACGAGAAUGAAAGACAAUGUUAUAAACUACAAGAGCCACGCUUACAGUGAGUGUUUCAUGUGUAUGGUAAAGCAAGACGUGUGAGUGUAAAUGUUGAAAACCGGAAGUCAUCUGUGCUAUUUUUGUGGUCAUGUGAUUCCAUAGCGGCCUUGACCCCUAUAUGCUUUGGAUCUAGAUACCGGAAGCUUGCACAAUGAAGGGCGCCACCUGGCGAACUUCUUUACAGGUUCAACUUGUGUGACGAACGAACCAGAUGGGCGGUGUUACCAGCCUCUUGAAGUACCAUGGCAAGGGUAACCGGCACGGAUUUGAUCCAAGACGAGCUUUGAACAUCAGUGUCAGCCUAUGGGAGGCCGGCAGGUGCAUGUCAAACAUGGCCUCCUUGAAAGACAAUAUUAUGUUAGUAGUGAAUAGCCUAUCGUAUUAAUUAUGUACAUACAUCAAAUAUGGAGGUUAGAAUGGGAAAGCCCAUUUAAAAUUGAAUGUUUCUCAGAUGUCAUAUUGUAAAAUAAUUUAUACGGUUCAGAUGUACAUAAUUGAUCGCACGUGUUUGUAUAGCGUGUCUGUAGGGUAAUUUAUUCUUGUUUGCCGUUCUAAUAUUGACUACAGUGUAUAUGGUGAAGCGGAUGAUGCUGUCAGGUGUUUUCCGUGCAUACAUGCUCGUGAUUGAUUGCACUUAGAAUUGUUAUUACCAGUGAACGAGAUGCGGUGACGCAAAUCGUGAAUAUGUCUAAGCCGCUAUGGUAUUCAUAAAACGGCAUAUUAUUGAUAACUGAUUAUAUAUGAUGGCUGGACAUAUUGAAUAUAUAGAUCACAUUGUACUGUCAAAA